ACUUUCUCACGUGACGCCCCUCCCAGCUGGACUUUACCCAGGUCCGAAGGGCCGGUACGGAGUGAUUCUCGCUGCACCCCGUUUUUCCCAAGCGGACCCGGAGAUCUGUUGAUAUCUUCCAUUCAGAACUCUGAUCGCCUGUGGCUAACAUGUGGAACGGACGGCGGGUGGAGGAGCUCCCCACUCCAGCCUUCACGGUGGAUCUCGACAUAGCCACGAGGAACGCGCAGCACAUGCGGGACCGUUGCAAAGCCCUCGGGGUGACCCUCAGGCCCCACAUGAAGACCCACAAGACGCUGGAAGGUGGGCUCCUCAUGACGGGGGGAUCCCUGAGGGGAAUCGUGGUCUCCACGCUGUCCGAGGCCCGCCACUUUGCCAACGGCGGUUUCGAUGACAUCCUCUAUGCUUACCCGCUGCCCUUCGACAAGGUGGGCGCUUGUGCCUCCUUGGCAGAGAAGCUGGACGCCUUCCAAGUGAUGGUGGACAAUCCGCAGGCCCUGGACCGGCUGAAAAGGAGGCCUCUGCGAACCGGACAGCCCUGGAAAGUGUGGCUGAAGGUCGAUUGCGACAACGGACGAGCCGGUGUGAAGCCCUCGGACCCCGCAGCCUUGCAGUUGGCCAAGGCUAUCUCCGAAGGCUCCACGGAGCUGGUGGGCAUCUACGCCCAUUGUGGCAACUCGUACGGGUGCCAAGGCCUCUCGGAUAUCCAGUCGGUCGCCCAGAAAACCACCGAGUUUACUCUGAGGUUUAUGGAGCAGCUCUGGAAAGCUGGGGUGCCUUGUCCGAAAUCCAGCAUCGGCUCCACGCCCUCAUGCAGCCACCCGGUGCCCGCCAUGGGCAUGCUCAGCGAAGUUCACCCAGGAAAUUAUAUUUUUUACGAUGUCCAGCAGAUGAUGAUUGGCUCCUGCCAGCUUGAGGACGUGGCCAUACGAGUCUGGACGCGAGUGAUCGGUCACUACCCACACCGCAACCAGUUAUUGGUGGACUGCGGAUGGACCGGAUUGAGCCUGCACAGCCUGGGUCUGCUGCCGACUGGCUUUGCCCUGGUGGACGGGCACCCAAACCUCAAAUUGCUGACUAUGACCCAGGAGCACGGAAAAAUUGAACCCAUGAUCGGGAAACUGGAUUUUGCAAAGUUCCCUCUGGGCAGCCUCUUGGCUCUGAUUCCUUAUCACGCGUGUGCCACGGCCGCGAUGCACCCGGUCUUCUUUGUCCAUAGUGGGGGACGUAUCGUGGAGACGUGGAAACCAGUGCGAGGCUGGUAAAAAGACAAGAUGAAGAAGAUCCGCAGAUCUUGGCUUGUGGAAUCAUUUGAGGGUUCUUAGAUCAGGGCUCUCCAACCUUGGUCACUUUACGCCUGGUGGACUUGAACUCCCAGAAUCCCCCAGCCAGCAAAGCUGGCUGGGGGAAUUCUGGGAGUUGAAGUCCACCAGGCGUAAAGUGACCAAGGUUGGAGACCCCUGCUUUAAGGUGAUCGGUUCCCACAAUCGUUUGAACUUUCCGGUGGCGUGGGAAUGUCCGGUUUCAACUUCGCAAGGGUCUGAAUUGGCGAUGUAGCUGUAUGUAAAGUCCACUCCAAGUCAAGCCAACCGGCCAAUUCUUUUUUUUUUUUAGAACAAGUUUUUAUUGAUUUUUUUAGUUUCAACCCCCUCCUACACGCAUACAUAGUUUAUGAACAAAGUAUUGGCCAUAUCAUAUCUUUUACAGUUCAAUAGAUUCAAAUAUAUUUGUUACUUAGUUACGGUUUUUGCCAAAAUAUUGACCGUCCAAUUCCUUAUCAAGCCACGAAUGGUGGCUUAUAAAGGCAUGGCCAAGUUAAGCCGGUGAAACAGUUCUGUUUAUGAAGAGAGAGAGAUCCCACCCAGAAGUACAGUUUGUCCUCGACAUAACGACCGUUGCUAAAUGAGACUCUUGUUAAAUCUGUUUUGCCCCCCAUUUUACGGCAUUUCUUGCCACCACUGUCGUUGAGCGAAUCCCUGCGGUUGUUAAGUGAGUCACGCGGUCGUAAAGGGAAUCUGGCUUCUCCGUUGACUUUGCUUGUCAGAAGGUCGCAAAAGGGGAUCUCGUGACACACACACACACCCCUCGGGACGCUGAGGCCAUCAUAAAUAUGAAGCAGUUGGCAAUGGUCUGCGACGGUCAUUAAGUGUGAAAAUGGUCAUAAGUCAUGGUUUUCAGUGGCGUGACUUAGAACAGUCACUAAAUUAAUGAUUAUAAGUGGAUGUAUCAGUGGCAUUUUUGCUGUUUUUUUUGAAAUGUGUGCAAAGCCCUUGAAGAAGGAGCGCUUUUCACACCAGGCAGGGGAUUAGGGGUAGGGUAGUCCCUCCUUGAGAUGUAGUCUAGGUAGAUGGAUUCAGGCCUGAUCCCACAGGGUCCAAACCUAGUUUAAAUCUUUGCGGUUUUCAGAACCAUCUGAAACUGGCAUUCAGGUUCCGGGAUGUCACAUGGAGACACCUUUCAAAUUGGAAAUUAAGGCUGUCUUACCUAGUGGGAAGGUGAAAAGCUGCCCAUUUUAGCCAUGAGGCCACGCCCACCCUCUUGCAGAUUUGAUACCCCUCCAAGGAUCCCCUCUCUUUUGUUGCUGCUGCUGCUGUGACCCCAAUAUUCAAAUUCUGGCCCCAAAGCUGAAGAUAAUUUCUAUGGUCAAUUCUCAGCCUUUGGAAUAGUUUCAAUUCCCAGACGUCCGUUCUUCUUAAAUGGAUGCUGACCUGGGGAAUUUUGGGAGAAGCCCCCUCCUCUUAAAGCAUGGCUGGCUGGGAUAUUCUGGGGGUGGAAGUCCUUCCCCCUUAAAGCAGAGCCAGCUGGGGGAUUCUGGGAGUGGAAGUCCUCCCCUCUUAAAAGCAUAGCCGGCUGCGGGAUUCUGGAAUUCGAAGUCCACUCAUCUUAACAUUUAUGAUGUUGACAAACCUUCCAGCUUGUCCUACACCACAAAUUUGUAUUUUUCGAUGCACAGAAUCCAGAUCAGUUGUGCAGUUUUUUACAUGCAAUUCCCAAUAGCUAGGCCGUUGGUCUUUCCGUGUUAAACCAGUUUCCUAGAAAGAACCAGGAGAGAAGCAACCAAGAACUAAGGAGAAAUUUCCUAAUAGUGAAGAAACAAUUGAUCAGUGGAACAGCUUGCCUCCAGAAGAGUUAUGAAUGCCCCCAUCAUUGGAGGUUUUCAAGAAGAGACUGACUGGAGAGCCAUUUCUCCAGGAUAGAAUAAGGACUCUUGUUUGAACAGCGGUUUGGGCUAGAUGACCGCCAGGGUCCCUUUCCAACUCUUGUUAUUCUGUUAUAAGCAGAAUCAAUUGCGUUCUCUCCCAUGCACCUUCAUCUAGUCUGUUAGUCCACAUUAAGGAGGAAGGAAGCUGGGAUGGAUGGAUCAAUUCUUGAUGCCUGGAGCCAUCUGAGGACUUCAAAAGAGGACCUCAUAAAAUUCAAUGUCCUUUUCUCGGUGGGUGGGACCGAUGGCACCUUCCUCCCUCCCGCCUCUCUGAUCUUCCCCAACGACCCCUUUGAAGUGGCCCUUUGUGGUCCUUCUUUGCAUCCUGCAGAGAAAAAGCCCACAACCCUGUGAAUUGUCAAAUUGGGCAGGUACAAACCGCCAGACGAGAGAGGCUAGCUGUAAAAAGCCUUGUAAAUCCUCGACCAUAAAUUGCAAAUUCCUGUUUUUUUUUAAUCUCCCGAGACUUUCUUGUUUGGGAUCAAUUCUUUCAUUUCAGGAUUUAAUAUUCUUUUAUUCAAUAUUUCUGCAACCAGUCUCCCCUAUAAGGUGACACUGGGCGUCUUAGCAGAUGAUUAAAAAGACCAGUCAUUAAAGUUAUUAGAAUUAUGCAAAUUAAAAUUCGAAGACUGUACUUUUUUUAAAACUGAUGCUGCUCUUUUGCAAUUUGGCCAAGUAGCCUCUUCUUUUCCGUUCUUGCAAAGUUGCAAGCCCAAGCAUGCCGUUUCUGUUUCUUCCUCCUAUGCGGUGUUUUUAUUUGAUACGACUUUUAUUUUGUGGCAUUAUGAUUAUAUUUUUUUUAUACAGAAUCAGUCCGGGCACUUUCCAGCGGGCAAGAGAAUGAGGAUAAAAAGAAUAAUUAAAAUAAGGCAAGUCGGAUAACAAGGAAGCAAGGACUAGGGGCAGGUUCUGAGCGAUAGCCGAUUUGGAAGCUGGAAAGGCCAAUCAGAAGCUGAACUGCUUUGUGGUGGGAUGAGAGACCACAAGGAGAUCUGAGUGUGGAAUACCCGAUUUCAAAACAGGAAAAAAAAAAAACACCACCUCAAAAGGGUUAGGUACACUGUUUAAGUGUACCUAAACUUCCCAAGGUUGAAAAAAACCUUUUUUUUUCAACCUUGUGAAAAAUUGUGUGAAAAAAUUGUGACAAAAUAAAAAAAAAACUAGUAGAAAACUGGAGACCCCAUUGAAUUGGGAUAUAAGAUCACCUGUGGGGGGGGUGUGGCAGCAGUUGGGACCAGUAAUUAUGACCAUUUUUCACACUUACGACCAUCAUAGCAUCCCAAAGGUCAUGUGAUCAAUAUUCAAUUGCUUGGCAACUGACUCAUACUUACGACGGUUGCAGUGAUCUGCUUUUGCGAUCUUUUGACAAGCAAAAUCAAUGAGGAAACCAGAUUCCACUUAAUGACCAUGUUACUCAGCAACUGCAGGUAUUCACUUAAGGGCUAUGGCAGGACUUGUUGUAAAUUGGAGCAAAACACAAUUGUCUCACUUAGCAACAGAAAUUCUGGGCAUCUUUUCUUCCCGUUUUAUUCCGCUACACAGAUGCGGACACAGAGAUAGUAAUAUUUAGAAAAAUGUGACUUGCGACCGGUCCUGGCUCUAUUGUGGUCAUAGGUUGAGGACUUGUGAUAGGUCCUUAGCGCCACCAUCUCGGAUCAAAACCUCAGCUGCAGAUGUUGAUGUUAAAAAAAUAAAAAUAAAAC